UCUUCUCUUCAAAGCAGAGGAAAGUCGGGGGCUCAUGUGUCAACAUCCAGGGUUUCCCCGGGGAGGUGUAACGUUAACGUUAUUCCAAAAAAACCUGAUGUUCGCUUGAAGACCGUUUCGUUUUUGCUAGCCUCGUCAUCCUCGGAAGCUGUGGUUUUUCUCACUGCAAAGACCAGAAGACGAUCUUCGGCUCCUGCUGCUUUGACGUUAGCUAACGAUAUUUUAAACGAUGACAGAGUACAAAGUGCGAAUAGCGUCUCCAAUCAUAUAAUAGUAUCUGGGGACCUGUUAGCUUAGCAAGCUAGCCUGGUUAUUCGAUUUAGAACAAGGGAACACGGCGAAGCACACUGCUGACAUGAUGUUUCCUCAAUCAAGGCACUCGGCAUCCUCUCAGUCCGGUCAACCCCUCAAGUUCACCACCUCUGACUCCUGUGACCGCAUCAAGGAUGAGUUCCAGUUCCUCCAAGCACAGUACCACAGUUUGAAGUUGGAGUGUGAUAAACUGGCCUCUGAAAAGUCAGAGAUGCAGCGUCACUAUAUCAUGUACUAUGAAAUGUCCUACGGGCUGAAUAUUGAAAUGCACAAACAGGCUGAGAUAGUGAAGAGACUGAAUGGGAUCUGUGCUCAGGUGCUGCCUUACCUGUCACAAGAGCAUCAACAGCAAGUCAUGGGCGCCAUAGAGAGAGCCAAGCAAGUCACGCCCCCUGAGAUGAACUCCAUCAUACGGCAACAGCUCCAGGUGCAACACCUGUCCCAGCUCCAGGGCCUGGCCCUGCCUGUGACCCCGCUGCCGCUGGGCCUCACCCCUCCCACCCUGCCCGCCGUCUCCUCCAGCUCCGGCCUCCUCUCCCUGUCCUCCAUCUUGGCUAACUACUCCCACGGCCAGGCCCAGGCGGUGAAGGAGGACAAGGCCCGGGAGGCCGCAGAGAGGGCGCCCCGAGGAGAGGACGGGGACAAGUCAGAUUAAUGCAGACACAACAAGAAGGUUUGGAGGGGGGGGGGUGUGAAGCGUCGGGGAAAAAAGCAAGGUAAAACUGUAAAUGGAGAUUGGUGUAAGUCUGGCUGCCUGUCUGCAGAGUGUUGAUGUAGAAGAGUAACUGCAGGGAUGAUGACAAGCAGAGAGGACAGAGGUGAAACUUUUGGAUGUGCAGAGAACGAAACUGCUGAAUGGCUGAGAGUUCAAUGUUCUUAUUAUUUAGUGGUAAUCGGCUCAGUUCAGGCUUCUAGACCUUAAAUAGAUGCUUUUUUAGCGUAAGCCACUGUUGUUAGGCUUAACCAAGAUAAAUGUUUUUCCCAUUUGGAGUGAGAGCUGAGGAGGAAAGCUAACAGCGGUGUCCCUUACAUGGAUCUGCCUCUCACAGGUUUAUAUUUCUUUACCUUUUUUUUUUUUUGUUAUCAGAUCUGUUUUCAGUGUUUUUUUUGUCAGUCCCGCAGAUUGUUUCUUGCUGGCCCCUGUCUGCCAGUCACAGAAAGCAGUUUUAACAACAUCUUACUCCUUUCCCUCCGCUCACUUACAAAACUUAUCUUAAACAAUAGCUCCUUCAUCUUUUUUUUUUUUUUUCCAAAAAUGAAAAAAUGUUGCCUAGAGAUGUUUGGACACUGAUAUUGUUCUUUUACGUUCUUGGAGCCAAACUAAAUCUUAGUCUGAUGUUAAAUGGGAUGUUUUUAAAGGGACAUUUCACUUGUCAGGUGCAUUCAAACAUAAUCCUCGCAGCUUUUCACCAUUUUCCUUCAUACGACCAACCACUGGAUGCGUUACCUUAGCUGUGUACCUCAAUCCCAAAUAAAUGGGAUUAUAUUAACGUUUAAAAACCUAUAGUUUGUACAAAUGGUAGUAUACCCAUCUUGGGGGUUAAUUUGUGUUUCUUAGGCCUAGCUGCUGCUGCUGCUGCUGCUACGCACGCUACAUGGCACGGACCAUGACUCAUCUUUAAAUGACAAGACUUUAAGCUCUGAAAAAAUUAGACUUUAUUUUGACACGUUGUUUUCGUGACGUUAAAGACAGGCUUAAUUAGACAUUCAAAACGUGUCUGUGUGUGCUCGAGUGAAUGUGAGCGGAAAGAAGAAAACACUUGUUUAAUUUAACUUUUUUUUUUUUCCUUAAAGCACCUUUUUGUAUUUUCCUCACCCUCCCACGCUCCCGCUCCUUCCUCGUACUGGUCCACUCUUUAACUGACCAAGACAAACUUGAACAGGAUCUAAACUUCAGAACCAGGCAGUCGUAAAAGACACACAUGUACUGUAUUUCUGUAAGUUAGCACACUUCAGUCUAUACUGAAACUGUAUCAAGCACCUGUCUUUUCCUGUCUUGUUUAACUUGUGUGUGAUUGUCAGGGGGAGAUCUUCCCUUUUUCUUUUUUUUUUUCUUUUUUUUUUUAAUUUUCAACAUUGAUUUAAUGAAGAAUGUGUCCGGGGUGAGUUGCUAAAGCUCUGUAAGCAACAUCAAAAAGUGUUCCCACAGAAAACAACACAUUUAACAUGAUACUCACAGUCAGAAUUUGAGAUGCAGACGUCUGGACCGAAGCAAAUGUGAGCACAUGACAUACUCAAAACCUUUUAACAAUUUUUGUAUGUAGUACAAUUCACCAAAAUGCGAAACUGUAAUAUAGUCAAGUCAAUAUCCAGAUUGCAGAAGCUGCACUUUUUUGAUGAACAUGAAAUGUGUGACAAACCAGCAUUAUAAUGAAGUACUGUCGUGCUAGAGAGAUGUGCUUACCCACAAGUCUUGUUUGUUUGCAAGAGACCCCAACAAUUGUCACAUCGUUAUGAUUUUAAUAGAUUUUUCAGUGAAAAUGAAAAUGAUGAAAAAUGUCCAUUCUCGUUAAUCGUGAAUCGUAUGAAAAAUAUGUCAAAAUAAUUUUACACCAUAUUGUGCGGCCCUAGUAUGUAGUACGGUUUUGAAAUCUACUAAAGGCUCCAGGAUGCUUCAUCAGAAGCUUCUCCUCUCCGACACUUUUCAGACAUCGUAAUUUGAACAGCUGCGCCUGAUUCUUUAACUUCACAAAACCAACAAUCCGACAUUCACGCCCAUUCAAUGCAGCAGUGAGGCAGGCGUGAGGAGGUGAUGAAGCUGGUGUAAAGUAUCUUCUCUCCCUUUGAAAAGUGUUAGAAGUGUGCACUGUAAUCCACAUAUUUACGGUUAGCGCUGUAGCUCAGCAAGCAAACACCGUCCACCCCUCUCUAUGAGGAUUUUUUGCCCCACUUUAAAGUAUGGCCGUUAGAAGCAGCUAUCAACGGCCAUGCCUUCUGACCUGGUCGAACUACUCCAAGCAGGUUUUGAGUAUGUAUUGUGUUCACACUGGAAAAAUGUUCAAAACUGGCCGUCUUGAGCAUACUUUGAUUUUCGAAUAUGUUGCUCAUUGAUUGCAUUGUUAGACAAUGCAGUGCACGAAGGAAACGGACGAGCUGCUGUGCACAGCUGGAGAAUAUUUAAACUAUUGGCAGAUGGUGGUGAAAAGACCUCAGAAAACAAUUACUGGAAAAGCAGUUUGAUUUCCUUUUGAUGUUAAUUUUAAUUGGCAGUGGCUUUCUGAAAUCGCAGUUUAAUUGACCUCCGAUGGAGUGAGUUGCAUCAUCAGUAUAAAGUAUAAAACUGUUAUGUAUGUUGAUUAAAUGAUAUACUUUAGCAUAUUAAGGUUAGUAUACUGUUCAUACUGCAUGCAGUUAGUGUGGAAUUGGUGUGUGGUUGAGGAGUACGAUUGUUCAUAUUUGAGGCAGCAGAGGGCAGCAGUGCUCUCUCAUUGAUCAUUAGUAAGUCUGAUGUCUCCUGAUUGUCUGCCGAGGUCCAGGUCAGUCUGCCGUGCUCACUUUGUCACCGCCGCUCUCCUCUCGUCUUCAUUUCCUGACUGUGGGCCGAGUACCUGCAGGCUGCAGGUGUUGGCUGUUAUUCCCCUGUAAUGUGAGUGCUUUGCAGAGCUUUGACACCCCACCUUUAAACGUCUGAGCACGUCCGAGAUCGGAGCUUAAACCUUUUUCCUCUGUCUUUUAAUUUGAAAAGCACUUAAGUUGUGGCUCAGUGCUCCUUUUUUUUUUGUUUUCUUUUCCUUCUUCCUGUCUGUACUAGUGUUGGGGAGAUUUUCCCUCCCUGGAGAUUUGACCUUAACAUAUCGAGAACAGAUCAUUUGCGCUCUUUAUGCCGAUGUCAGUCUCUGUAGAAAAGCUCCUUUGGCAAAACUCAGACAUAUGAAUGGUAUGUGUGUUUGUUUUUGCUGUGAAGGGCCAAUUUGUAUACAUAUGAAUAUAUCAAUAUACAUAUUUUUUAAAGCAUUUUUGUAUGUUUCAAAGCUGCUUUUUAACGUGUGUGUAUCAUGGAGGAUUUGGUGUUGUACGUGUGCAUUACAAGCCUACAGUUAAGAGAGGCACAAUGUUGUAUACCAUGUUGUUUUUUUCCUGUUUUUUCUCCCAUUCUCUCAGUAGACAGUAACACUUAACAUUGUUUUCUAGGUUGUAAAUGUUUUAUCCUUUUUUUUUUUUUUGUGCAAACAAAAACCAGUUCGAUGUGUUUAUGAACACAGUCUCAUUUUAAGAUACCUGGGACAAAAAAAACAAACAAAAAAAACAAAGAUGUAAACAAGCAACUGUGUACUCUAAUGAGAAUGAAUCAACCUUUUAGCAGUAAGGAAGCUUCUCUGGUGCCUUACAAAUAAAAGACGUGAUUGAGAGUG